AUGGGCAAGAUCGUGUUCUACGAGGACAGGAACUUCCAGGGUCGCUCCUAUGAGUGCAUGAGCGACUGCGCCGACAUGACCUCCUACCUGAGCAGGUGCCACUCCUGCAGGGUGGAGAGCGGCUGCUUCAUGAUCUACGACCGCCCCAACUACAUGGGAAACCAGUACUUCAUGAGGAGGGGCGAGUACCAUGACAUGCAACGCAUGAUGAGCAUGGGAAUGAUGUUCGACUCCAUCAGGUCCUGCAGAAUGAUCCCCUAUUUCAGGAUGAGGAUCUAUGAGAGGGAGAAC